AUGGCUGCCAACGGGAAGUUAGGCACCGGGAAGAAGCGCGUGCUUGUCGUUGGAGCUGGAGCUGCUGGAAUGUCAUGCGCCCACCAUCUUGCUAAUCACCGCGAUAAGUUCGAUGUGACCCUAAUUGAUGCUGUCGAUUACUGCGGUGGACAAGCUUUCUCUGUUCAAAUCGACAAGGAACGUCAUGGCGCAGGCUGGUUGAAUCAGGGUGUCCAGGGCGGCAGCUACAUCUUCCACCACACCAUGACUAUGUUUGCGCGCCAAGGUUACCACGCGGAUCCAGUGAAGCUUCAAGUCUCCUUUGGCAAAGGCAAUCAAUUCUGGAGUAACGUUUACCCCACCAAGCUUCUCGAAAGACAUCAGAAGGAAAUCAAGCGUUUUAAGUGGAUGAUCUCCAUUGUCCGUUGGUUCGAGGUUUUCUUCGCACUCAUACCUAUUAAGAUAUUGAUGAAGAUGUUCUUCUUUUCGGAUGAGUUUGCCAAUACGGUCGCCUUGCCUAUGGUCGCGCUGUUCCUCGGUACUGGUCAAUAUGCACCCGACGUACCCUCCAUCAUCCUGGAAAGACUAGUCACAAGCCCGACCUACGGAAUGUGGUAUCCUGGUGACAAGCUGAGUGUCGCAAGCAAUCAGCCGCCAAUGGUUGUCUUCCCGAGGUUUGAGCACUUCUACCAAAGCUGGAGGAAGGACUUAGAGUCCAAGGGUGUGACCGUACGCUUGUCCACAGAGCUCACGCAAGUGGUGAAGAGGGACAAGAACGGAGUCGUAGUGAAGCUGAUUAAGCGCACGCCAACACCGGAUGCACACAAUCCUAACAGCGCAUGGGUACCGCAAAAUGAUGGAACCGCGGAUGCAGAUGCCCCGGAAGAGACUGAACACUAUGAUGAAAUCGUUUUCUGCGUAUUGGCUGAUACCGCCAAACGUAUUCUGUCACGUUCGGCUACAUUCCGCGAAAAGCGCAUCCUGGGCAAUGUAAAGUUUGCGGAUGAUAUCACUGUAACUCAUUGGGACAGUGACUACAUGAAGAAGCAUUACGAAAACUUCUACAACGGAGAACAAGCCGUGGAGAAGCUCUCAGGCGUCGACCAGACCACCCGCGUCAACUUCGCCAAGAAGAUGUUCAAGCCCAUGUACUAUAUCAAAAUGUACCCUCAGGAUCUUUCCAAGCUGGAGAUGUGCUUCGACUGCACCAACUACCAGAGCCAAUUCCCACCCGAAGUGCCGUUUGACAAGCAUGUUUUCCAGACCAUCUACUUGAACAAGAACAAUAAAAACCUUUGGUCCAUCGACGAAAUUGACGAGAACAAGAUCAUCCGAAAAGAUUGGUGGCAUCAACUUUGUCACUCGUGGACACACUACGCCUUCGUAGUGCCUUGGAUGUGGCUGCUUAACGGUCGCAAGCACACACGUUACGCUGCAGCAUGGACACUUGUCAAUGCACACGAGGUCGCUGUUAUGAGUGGUAUUGCAGCCGCGGUCGACCUUGGUGCGCAGUACCCCGAGGAUCUAGAACGCGACAAAUUCGCUUUGCUAUCCUUCAGGCUGUACUACCUUCUCACCUACGGCAAAUGGUACCGCAAGAAGGCUAAGCAAGAGGGUGAGGGUAGGGACUGGGCCAGUGGCGAAUACGGCAGCGUCUACAAAGGUCCUGGCGUCUCUAGUAUCGAGAGGCUGACGUGGAGGGAAGAGAACGGGAUGAAGACGAACGACGUCGAUUAG